AUGCACGACGACGCAUGCGCACAGCACAACAGGCUCUGGUCGACUGGCUCUGCUCAGACUUCACAGAGCACUGCAAGGUGUAGCGCGCGCAAGUCAUUCCACAGGGUGCCCUUUGGAGGAGCCAGUGGACUUUGUGGACAGUUGGAGUUGAGGGCUAGGGAGAGGAGGUCGAGGAGAAAUUCAUCAGGGAGAAAGAGUAGACCUCUUGUGAUCAAGGAGGAAUUCAGGAGAAUAACUACCAUUCCCCUGGAGCGAACCUUCAUGCACAAACUGGACGAACACACACCAAAACGUAUUACCCAGAUGAAAGCCAAGGGAGGUGCCGUGGGGAUCAAGAUGAGGCCGCUCCUGGACAGACUGAGUCAGAAACAGAGCAUUCUGAUGAGGCGUGAAACCAUUAUCCGCAGCCUUAUACUGUACCUUGGCGAGAAGGAAGAGGAACUUUUUGAAGACUGCUUGGAGGACAGCCGGAGUGAUGUCAGUAACCAUAUCCUCAAAAUACUCGUCGUCCACGGUACUGAUGAGGAUCCAGUCGAUGUCUCCAUCCUUACUAGUGGGUUGCCUGUCAUAAAUGUUUUUCAUUUUUUGUCAAAUAAGGUAUCUGUAAAUGACAGUAAAGAUUGUAUUCUUCAACAAGAAUGGUUAGACACCUUAAGCUGUUUAUUUUUAGUUGAUUCUGUUGAUUUUAUUUCAUGAAUGUUUUAAUUGCAUACUUAAAAGUGCACUAGUCAGAGGACUGGUUUAAAUGUGGAAAUUGCACUUUUUCAGUGUGUAGGUUUGUAAGAUUUUAAUUGCAUAUUUGAGAAGUGACUAUGUUACCAGAUUUAUGUUGGAUUUGGUGUAUAAUGUGUAAUACUGUGUAUUUGUUGUUUACCAGUCGUACCAACCUUUGGAUAUUUUCUUUAAAAAAUAUACUAUUACUACUAUUUACUUUGAAUACCUUUUGCUGGAGAUACAUCUUUAAUUUACUGUUUGUACAAAUUCUAAUGCAGUACAAUAUAAUGCACUUUUACUAUUAACGCAGUACUUGUACAAUACAUUCUGUUUUUCCCCCCAUUUAAAUAGGGGUAUACAUAAUCCAUACACCACUGCUCAAAGUUUAAGAGGCGGUUUCUGUCCUGACCCUCUCCCAGAAGUUGUUGUUGAGUAUUAUAUUUCUGCAAUGAAUGUAGAAACU